AAACCACACAUCCACCGAUGCACCCGUACCAAAGUGCACUCUGUUACUCGAUGUUAUGGCCAGGCAGCAUCGUCCAGGCUGCUUCGCCCGUCAUUUCCACUGCAGCAAUCCUCAACAGCAGCGCAGUAGGACCGCAGCGACGACCACAGCGAUGACCGGUCGAGUCCACAAAGGUACAACAUGGCCCAGUCCAGCGGGACUCGCCAUGGUCAAGAAGAGCGAGCCAGAUGGUCACAAAGCCACUGGCCUCUGUCUCUGCCAGUCUCGGCUGAGAAGAGGCCCUGGCUCGCUCCGCCCAGCCUGGCCAGCUGACUGUGAGGUUCGGAGCGAAGACAUCAUGGUCAAGGGAUGUCCAGCAGUCCUGAUCCUACGGCGAUGUCUCGGCAAGAUCAGGCCUAGUAAUGCUCCCCAACUGGGCAGCGAGAGGGAGAGAGCGCGUCGAUCGAUCAAGGAUCCUAGUCCUAGGGUGGACACAUGCAAAGAGCAGACCACCCUCUCUCAGCUGAGGGGAGACGGCCCCGAACCCUCGGGGUUUGGUGGUCGCGAGGUUGGGUCCUCUGCGGGGGAUGACCAGUGUGUAUGGGCACAAGAGGGAGAGGGCGAAUGGGCCGUAACAGCCAGCAAGACACUAGGCAGCUCAUCAAAGCCCCAGCAACCGGGUCGUAGGCCACCGGCCUCCCCAUUCGGUAGCUUUGAGAACAGUAUCAAGGCCCACGAACGAUGAUGACACUGACAUCCAGAGCAGUAUCAAACACUCGAAAAAAAAAAGAUCAUGGGCAGCAAGCGG